AAAUUCAAACUUUGGGAUGAAUGACUUAUCUUCUUGGGAAUUCCUGUGGAGCCUAUAAAUACUGCUGUACAUUGUUGGACAAAAGCACUAAUUAGCUCCUCCUCCUACAAACUUCCUUGAGCUUUUGUUCCCAUCAUCCUCCUAUAUAUCUACUUUCUACUUAGACAAGGGCUUUUACAGUUUUAUACUUAAGAGUCUUUUUGUUAAUCACGUACAUUGUUUUGAUCCAGAAAAAAAAAAAAAAAAAAAAAAAGAAAAGAAAAAUGGUGGCCGUAACCGGAGCACAUGAGAGGUUGGGAAGUGGUGCCAAACUCAGUAUCCCAACCAUUGAUCUUAAGGGCAUCGAUAGCAACUCAGUUUUACGAACUGAAGUUGUCGAGAAAAUUCGAGAUGCAUGUGAGAAAUGGGGUUUCUUUCAAGUUCAAAACGGAAUUCCUGUUGAAGUUUUGGAGAGGAUGGUGGAUGGGAUACGUGAGUUCCAUGAGAAGGAGAAUGAGCUUAAGAAACAAUUGUGUUCAAACUCAACGGAUUCUGGGAACAAGGAGCAGUAUAUGUCCAACAAUCGCUUUUUCAAAUCUUCACAGGGAAACUCGAGGGAUUCGUUUGUGUGCUAUAUGGCUCCUGAUCCAACCAAACCAGCAGACGAAUUACCCUUAGUGUGCAGAGAUAUAGUGAAUGAGUACUCAAAGCUAGUGAAGGAUUUGGGAUUUACUUUGUUUGAGUUGCUUUCCGAGGCUCUUGGGCUUAAGCCAAACCAACUUAAGGACGCGUACAUGGACUCUGUUGAGGGGCUUUCUAUUAUGGGUCAUUACUAUCCACCGUGUCCUGAAACAAAAUUGACUAUGGGCACCGGCAAGCACACUGAUGGCUGCUUCAUCACCGUACUUUUACAAGAUCAAGUGGGUGGCCUCCAAGUUUUGUAUGAGGAUCAAUGGAUUGAUGUUCGCCCCAUCCGUGGAGCUCUUGUCGUCAACGUUGGAGACCUUCUGCAGCUCAUCUCAAAUGACAAGUUUAUUAGUGUUAAUCACAGAGUUAUCGCGCAGAGUGUAGGCCCAAGAGUUUCUGUGCCAACCUUUUUUAGACCACAUGCAGAAAAUCCAAAAGCUUAUGGACCAAUCAAGGAGUUGUUAUCAGCAGAAAAUCCCCCAAUCUAUCGGGAAACUAAUGUUAAAGAUUAUCUGAAGCACUACCUCUCAGAACUGGUAAAGGGGAACUCCGCAUUAGAUAAUUUCAAGCUAUGAGGGAUAAUAAAAGCGCUUUGCUUUUGAUUCUAGGUACCGUUGUUAAUUUCUCCGUCAUCGUGGCUCUGUUGGCUGCAGGCUGUGCCUCUGGUCCUCUCCUAUGGCUAGGUUUUUUUAUUUUUCAGUGUCCUUUUGCUUUUUAUUUUAGGCCCACUUGUUUGGUCGUCCUAUUUGUGGUCUCAAAUUGUCUGUCUGAGAGUCAAUUAUUGUUAUGACGUGUAUGCUCUUCUAAUAAAAGUACUUUUGGAAACAAAGAAGAUAAAUAGUACAACUUUCUUGUAGCGUGUGAUGACAUCAGUUUUAAGCUAUGAAAGGAUAAAAGGGGUUGGCGUUGUCGCAGGUGCAUUGAAUUAUUUGUUACUCUUUACUCUGUUCUCUGUCAUCGUGGUCGUUGCUGCCGUCAACUCUGUUGGCUGCUGGUUGUGCCUCUGACUAGGGCAAGAAUUUUUUUUAGUCUCCUUUUGUUUUCUAUGAGGGGCCCAUUUGUUUAGGCCUCUUAUUUGUGGUUAGAUUUUGGUGGCGAGUUUGUCCGUUGGACUUGGUCCUCUCUUCUAUUUUUGGGUAUUUUAUUCUAGACUCAUUUCAUGCUAAAAAUGUUGACAAAAAUCCCUGUAUUACGCUUAUUCAAUCGAGACCUAAUUUGCAUUAGUUAAUACUUAUAUUUCCAUGACUAUUUUGCUCUAUAUAAUCCUUGCUUUAAGACUAUUGUAAUGGCUAUAAAAAAAAAAAAAAAAAAAAACCAUAAAAACA